AUGGAAGAGUAUAAUGAAAAAAUUUUAUUAAAUAAUUCAUUUCAGAAAGGGAGUUCACAGCUAAAUAUAAUCAAGCAUUUCUCUGAAAAUUAUUCUAUUUUAUAUGAUGAUGAUAGUAAAAAAGUUGUUGCUGUUUAUUUUGAAGCUUAUGGUUGGCAUUGUUAUGCUGAUAAAGCUAUAACAAACUUAGAUAAUGUGUCUUAUAUAUCUUUACAUAUUUAUAUACCAAUUUAUCGAGAUUUGUUUAGUGAUACAAUGAUAGAAAGAUAUAGUAUUUUAACACAUCAUUUAGUAUCUAAUAUCAUUUAUCACAUUGGAACAACUGGCAUAUCAAUUGAAAAUAAUAUUUUAAAAUUAGUAGGAGAGGAAAAACAAUAUUUUAAUUAUUUUAGCCAAGAAAAAAUAAUUAGAAUGAUUGUUGAACAAAUUUAA